CUUCUAUUGAGUUGAGGCAAAAAGAAAAACCGGAGUCCCAAUUCACUGUUGCUUCAGAUUCCAUCAAAAUUUGACGACAUUAUUCUCGCAUAACAGUCCCGAUCUCUACUAAUGGUCGCACUUUGAAGUGUUCUUUCGUAAUCUGGGGCUAGAGUGCUGUAACUUACCAGCUUUGACGGUUUUACCGUCAUUGGUAUAAAAUUUAGAAAGACUCACUGCAUUCCUUUCUCAUAUCAAUCUCUGGCUCUGUACAUCCAUAUAUUGUCAAAGAAAAAAAGAAAAAAAAUUUGUCGUUGCGGCUUAGUAAAGUAUGAGCUGAAUGAUAUAUAAGUUAUUCGAUUCGGUUAAAAAUGGCUGUUGCCACUAUUUCCAAUGGGAGAUAUUCCUACUACCAUGAUGAUCAAACUGGGUCAUGCAAUGUAAUCGACUCCCAUCAUAUCCUAGUCAAGCAGAGUACUAUGAAGGGUUUUCUAUUAUACCUCACCAUUCUUCUGUUGUUGGCAGAUACUGUAUCUCUCAUACUGCUGCAGGAAACACCAGGUGUAUUGUUCUUCUGGGUCAAUUUAUUUGGUAUCAUAAUUGUCAAGUCAUUGCACUGGAACUCAAUUGAGAAAGAGUCUGUUUUGAUUAUGCCAGGACUUGGAGUUCAACUUGAAACACACUUCAGAAGCGGGAGAGUUGUUCACCGUUUUGUUCCCAGUGGAGGGAUUUUAAAACCCGUAUUGAGUGAGUGUGUCACGCCAGUUACCUGUUACUGGAGUUUGGGGUUGAUCGUGCGUGGGGAAGCAGAGCUGUUGUUAGUGUUCCAGAAAUUACGACCUCCGAUGAAGAUGUUGGUCUGUGUUUGGAAAGCUCUGUGUUCUGCCAGUGAUAGCAAGGAAAGACUGGGUGCAGUUGUGCAGGACCAAUAACAUCACGUGCUUUGUGUUUAUACUUUUGAUUCAGCAACUCAUCCAGUUGGGGGUGUCCUUUUGUUUUGUUAAUGAGUUAGCAAUAUCAAUGUCUUUUUUUUUUUUUUUGGGUCUUCCAGAUAGUGCCAAGGUGUUUAUGGUAUAAAAUUAUAAAUGUGUAAGAAGAUACAUUUUGGUGCUUAUCAAAAUUUAUGAGAAAACUCAAUUAGGCUGUGUUCAAUUGAACCACAGGUUACUCAUCA